AUGGAGCCGACACACUCCCAUGGUUCUCUGCACGACGUUAUAUACAACCUUGAAGACCAAACGUGGAAAGCGCUUCAACGAGAUGGCGCCGCGCUGAUCCCUUUUCUUUCCAAGGAAUGCCAGAUGUUGUUACCGAUGGGCGUCUAUGUCACAGCAUACAGCACACCCAACCUGAAGGAAGUCAUGACCAGCGAAGCCUUCAUACCUUGGAAGUCGUACAAGCUCACGGACGUGAAGGUCACAGAGCUGGGCGACGACUGUGCCAGCAUAACAUAUCGAGCAGAGGCUUACCGGCCGAAGAUUGGCGCCCCAGACGACGGCACACCUUUUCAAGCACUGGUGUCGAGCAUUUGGCGACGACACGGACCAGGGGCAGAUUGGCUUCUCUGGCUGAAUCAACAGACGCCAUACUCUGAGCUUUUGGACGCGUGA